AUGGUCCAAGGGAAGCAGGCAACAGCAUCCUUUGGAGUAGUUGUAUCUCUGUUUCCUAGAGGUCGCAUGACUCAUUUGAGAUUUAAAAUUCCUUUGAAAAUAGUUGGUGAAGUAAAUUGCUCUGAUGAAGCACUUAUAGUAAAUCGUUGUGCUAUUGAAAUUGUAGACAGAAUGCCUAAAGAUAUUAUUGAUUUUAACUUGCCUUUUGGUGUGAAAGUAGUUGUUUUUGGAGGAGAUUUUCGACAAGUUCUACCAGUGGUACCGAGAGGAAGAAAAGAAGAUAUAAUGAAAACUAGCUUGGUUUUUUAUACCUAUGGCCUUCCUAUUUACGUUUACCAUUGGUUAAGAAUAUGA